GCCUGCAAACCCGCUGCAGGCCCGGGGCAGCGGGCGUUACCGGGGGCUGAGGAGGAAGGGGCCCAUCAUCGGUAAAACCCCGCCGCAGCCUGGGGCGCUCGCCUCGGGGUACCGACAUCCCGCCUUCCCUGCUCGAACGGCACCGCUGGCCUGCCGUGCAGCCGAACCCCCCCGGCCCCCCCGCCGCCACACCGGGCCGCGAGCGGGGCCCGCCGGGACACCGAGCGCGCCUACAACCCCCAGGGUGCCUUGCGCGGCGGGGCCGUCUCCUAGGAGACGCGGCCCUCUGGGGAAGCGGGGUGUGUGUCCCGUGGUGCCCCGCGCGGCGGGCAUGGAGGGGCGCGUGGCGGAGCGGCUCCGCGGCGCCCUGGGCCCCUUCGGCUUCGAGGUGCACGCCUUCAAGGUUGGAUGGUACAAUGCUAUUCUCCAGCCAGCCUUUCAUCUCCCCUACCCAGAUGACACACUGGCCUUUGUUGUCCUCAGCACACCUUCAAUGUUUGACAAAGCCCUUAAACCUUUUGUGAACAAGGAACGGUUCAAAAUAAUCAGGGAUCCUGUGGAUCAGUGUGUUUCUCAUCAUUUAUUACGUGUGAAGGAGAAAUUCCCUGACCAGAAGGUGGAUGUCAUCUUUGAUUAUGAGAUUCUGCCUAGCCGAAAGCCCAAGUUCUUGGCACAGACAGCUGCCCAUGUUGCUGGGGCUGCAUAUUACUACCAGAGGAAGGAUGUGAAGCUUGAUCCUUGGGGGAAAAAGAAGAUCUAUGGCGUAUGUAUCCAUCCCAAGUAUGGCGGUUGGUUUGCAAUCCGGGGUCUCCUCCUGUUCCCAGAUAUUCAGGUACUGUUCCUGGAACAGACUGCCCCUGUUGACUGUGUGAGCACAGAGGAGAAAAGAAUUGAGUUGCUGGAGCAAUUCAAUUUCCACUGGCAGGACGGCCGUUACAGGGACAUAAUUGAAGUGAAGGAAAGGUAUUCUGAGGAGCAAAAAGCCUACUUUGCCACUCCUCCAGCGGAGAGAUUCAGACUGCUAGGGCUGACACAAGCCCAGAGAAGCACAUUUCACUGAGUAACAUGGCUGUGUGAAGGGCCAGAGGGCAAGCAAAGUGUAACUCAUCAGCACCACCUUUUCCAUGUCACUGAAGGAGGACGGCAUGCUGAUACAGAGGUGGCAAAUCCAAGCAGCGUGUGCAGCAUCUCAAUCCAAACAUCAGCUCCUCAGUAAGAGGGAGCACUGCAUCAUGGCACUCCUGGUCUGGAGGAAGCGGGGAGCCGCCUGUUCUGUGCUGUUGCUGAUUUGGUUUGUCUUUUGGGGAGUCUGGCAAGAUGCCGAUUUGCCUUUGGUUGGGAAGAGGUCAGAUACCCUGGCAACUGGAAAACCUGUGCUGCUCGUUAGAGAAGUAAUUUUUUGUUCUCAAGAAUUUCCGUUCCAAAUGUUUUGGGUUCAUUCUCUGUAAGAGUAAAAAAAGGUUAAUUUUCAGUCAUUGUACUGUGAAAUAUUUUUUUUUCAUAUAAACUCAGGGCAGAUACUUCUUUAGAUGUAUCCAGCAUUUUAUUACCCUGUGUCAUAACUCUCCCUAGGGAAUAAGUGUUCAGUCUUUUCAGUCUUUCCUUCCUCAGAAAGAAAAUUUGCCCUGUAUUCCUUCACUUGCAGUGAAGCUGGCUUAACUUAAUUAAUAAAUCUUGUAAUGUCUCCUUUCCUUAACAUCUGAAAGAAAAUUCUCCAGAGAUUGUUUCACUGUGUAGUGUUGUCCUCUACAUGGAGCAGGAGCCAAGAAAAGAGAGCCAACAGCAGCCAUCUCCUUCAGGGUAGUUACAAAAGGGAAAGGGACAGUACAGAGGUCACAGCUCAAGUUUGCUGUUUCCUCUUCACCCAGGGUCAGCUUCUCAAAACAAGGUGACGUCUUUAGGUCAAUUUUAAGCAUUUAUCCAUUGUAUAGAGCAGCUGACUAAAAUCUUCAGAAAGAUGCUGCAUAAAUCACUGUGAGUGGAGUAUUUACUCAUAUUAAAGAUAACUGACUGAAAAAGACAAUUCUUACGACCUUUUUCUAAGGUAGGUGAGGUUUGUAUUUAAAAUAUUUUUCAGUGCUGUGCCCGCACACGCCACACACACCACAGUUUUACUACCAUAGUUUUCUAUUGUACUUUCUCUAUGGAGGAGAUUGUAAGCCUGCAUGCACGUAAAAAACAUCGCGUGAAGCCUUGUCACACACACAGACAGACAAAAAAAAGAGAUAUUGACAUUCAUGUUACUUAUAUUGCCAGUUUAGACAGAAACAGAACAUUCUUUUACAUUACUUUGUCCCGUUAGAUUAGUUCAGAGGGUAUAGUGGCACUGGGCAUCAGGAAUUAAUUUAUCUUAGAGCACUUUGAGGCUCAGAUCUCAUUAAAAUAAUACAUUAUAUUAAGAUAAUAGUUUGUAGGAGUUUUGUUACUUGACUGCAGUGCAAUGCUGCAACUCACUAAGCACUUUUUCCCUUUCCACGAUAUCAACAUGAUGAUGCAAAACUACUCACUUUGCAGAACUGAGCCCUGUUUAUUCUAUGUUGUGAUUCUUCAUACCUUUUGAAGACUCAAACACUAAGGUUGCCUUCACAAUAAGUCACUGCUUGAUACAGUUUUUCAUUGUCUAUAUACUAAGCAUAAUCAAAAUUUAGCAUAACAAAUUUGUUUUCCUGUAAACAGAGUAGUGAGCAUGUGAUCACUGGGUUUGUUCAGUGUAUUUGCUGUUACAAAAGAGUCUUUGUUGGUUUCCAAUGCUUUGUUCAUCACAUCUGACUAAGGCAGAUACCUGACAUACUGUGUGGUAGCAGUUUUGUGAUUUUUAAUUUAAGCAAAAUAAUUACAUUUGUUUAAAUUCUCUUCUUUUGUUAUAGAAUUACUUCUGGUUGAAAUGUUGGUUGACCUUCUGGAACUUUCCAGCUGAACUGUAAUUUAACAGGGACUUGAGUUAAUUGUUCAUAUUAGUAACGUAAAAAAUACUGAUUCUCUUGGAAGGAUAAAUACAGAAUGGAAUCAGAUUUCACUUUUUACAUUACAAUUUAAAGUAAAAUAUUUUGCUAUUUUGGGGUUGAUUUCUUACAAAUAUUUAAUAUUUUUGUUUAGUUCAUUUAUUGAACAAAUUACCAUAGACAUUUCAUUUCAAUUUUUGUAAUUUAUUUCUCUUCACAUGGUAUUUUGGUUAAUAAAAUAUACAGUGUUGUAAGUAACCCCCAGUACUGAAUAUUUUUAUUUAAACAAUGCAAUGAUUAACUUGUGGAGAGCUAAAGAUGUCAAAGUGAGAAUUGAUCACUGUGUUUAUAACAUACUGAAAAUAGUGAGCUACCUAAGACACACAAAAUCCAGUAUCAGAAAACAAAAGAAAAAAUUAGUUAUCUUAGUAGAAGUUAUUAAACUAUUAUGGUGGGCCCAUCUGGAAUAUAAAAAAAAUAAAACAUACAGCACAUUAUAAAUAAGCCUAAUAAACAUUUAUCUGUCCCAGGUCAUUUCAGCAAGAUCAUUUAACAGGAAGUACAUGACAAUGCACUUUCAUUUUUAACUCUGUUCUUAGAGUAACAAAAGUUCAAGGUGCCCAGUGAUAUGUAACUAAUAUUUGAACGAUUUUUCCUCAGCAAGUUAAAAGUAAUACCUGCAAGUACUGGAAUUCUUAUUUGUUAAAACAUAUGAGUUAAUACCGAGUCAUAGUAAGGGCAAAUCUGUGUUCUUUGUGCUUCUGGCAAUACAGCUAUGUCAGGCAGAACGGAGUACAAAUAUUUAAUAACGUAUCUAUUCCUACUACAGUAAUUUCAGAGUGAAUUGGAUUGGUUCUUAUUGGCUUUCUCUUAGCCAAGUCACUGAGAUCCACAGCUGCAGCUAGUAAUUUUAUUUUCUUGCUGGUUGGACUAUAAUGGUCUUUGUCUUAUAAAACUGAAGUUUGAAAACCUGUUUGACUUAUCUCAUCUCUUGGGACAAGACUAGACAUGGUGAGGAACAGAUCCUGCGGCAUUGUGAAGACAUUCUUAUUUUCGGCACUUGCAAAUGUCAAAAAAGUAAUUGCAAAUAUUUGGAUAGAUUUACUAGUUCAAGUAUCACAUUAUGCAUUUUUAGACAGGUAAGUUUUUCUCUAAACCCUAAUCCUUAAACAUUUAUUAAACUAUCUUUUUUCUUCAAUAUAACCACAAGGGUAAGUAUUCAAGAGCUGAACAGAAAUAAAAAUAUUAAAAGCUACUUGAAUUUUAAUUCAGUUUUAGCAACAAAAUAUUUGGUAUUUCAAGCUAAUUAAAGAUUCUAUUUUUAGAAAAUUAAUCUGGAGAAUUAACGAAUCUGUAGUGUUUUCAUGCACAUAACAUAUAUUAUUCAUCCUCUCCUUCAGUUAAAAUUUCCUUUUUUUUGACUGUAUUAACCUUAAAAUAACUGAGAUUUUUAUUAAGAUUAAAGAUGUGACAGAAAAUACCAAUUAAAUGCAAAAUACAAUCUAACCUGGUGACAAGCAGCCAUCAGGAUUAUUGCUCAGAAAGGGAAAAAACACUUGAGAAAACACAGUUGUGGGUUUGGUUAUUUUUUUUUGUACCAGUUAAAUCAGUUACAUCUCAGUGGUGCAAGAAUAAGCACUAAAGUUUCUUCAGGGUAUGAAGUAGAUAUACUGCUUUAUUUCCUUUCUCCUGUAAAAAGAAUGACUUGUAACAACAAUCCUGUUCUCCUCUAAGAGAUGCAAGACUAAAGAUGGGUCAGUGCUGGUGUGUCAGACAAAAAGAGCCAACCUUAUGAGAGCAGUGCACUCUUCUGGUUUUGCUGGGGUUUUUUAAGCCUGGUUUUUGGUUUUGGUUUUUUUUAGGGCAAGAUUGCCCUCCGCUGGGUCAGAAGCAUGAUUUUACUCAUACAGUAUACAUGGUCUUUUAUUAAUUUGUGACCAAAAUAAUUGGUGGUGUAACUACUAUUUAACAGGGGUUAAAUUACUAAAAAUGUACAGGGACUUGAAUUUAAGUAGGAACAAAAAAAAAAAAUCUGAGUAAAGAUUUCCAUAUUUCUAAAAACAAGAAGUGGAAGCUACUGAUCAGUGCCACUGGGGUUAUCAGCACUCUUUGUUCAGCCCGGUGCAAAAAGUACAUUUAAAAAGUUAGCUUUGAAUACUGAUUUAAGCAGCAACAGUUCCAAAGUUCUUCCUCCAAGAUGAAGUGGGUUUUGCCAUUUACUGCGGUGAAGAGCCAGUUGUAUCUCUGCAGCCUUGACUUUCACAAAUUCACGUACCAAAUGGACAAAUGUAUUCUUCAUGAGACUUUUUUGCUGUUAGGUUGGCUUCCUGUCAUAUCACAUAUCCUGUGACAGAUCAUCCAUCACAUUUGCUUCUGAAAGCGAACAGAGCACUUCCCUUCUAGGUUUUCAAGGAGGAAACAGAAAGAACUAAAGAACACAAAUGUGCUUUUCUUUUCUCUCUGCAACUGAAAAAAACAGAUGUUCACAUUCCUUAGAAAAAAACAGUACUUUAGAUGAAAAAAUGGGGUGGCAUAUUUUUUUUCUAAUAACUGAAAUACAAUAAUGGAAAAUGUGGUGGGAAACAAAAAAAUAUUUUGUCAUAGAAUGAGCAGUAAGAUAUUUUAGUGGAAUGUUUAAAAUCUCUCCAAUAAUAUACAACAAUCUGCAAAAUGUAAUUAUAUACAUAUAAAAGUAUUCGAAAUAGCUCCUUCCUGGA